CAUUAUCUCAAUUCCCCCUUACAACUACUACACAUCAAAAGUUAGCAAACAAAAACUACACAUCAAUAUAAUAUAAAGAUUCAUAUAUCAAGAAAAAAAAUGCCAGGGAUCACACUAGGAGACACGGUGCCGAACCUUGAAGUGGAGACAACGCUUAAAAAUUUCAAGCUUCAUGACUACUUCGCCGAUUCUUGGACCGUCCUCUUCUCUCAUCCCGGGGAUUUCACACCGGUAUGCACGACGGAGCUCGGUGCGAUGGGCAAAUACGCUCAUGAGUUCGAGCAUAGAGGUGUGAAGCUCCUUGGUUUGUCUUGUGACGACGUACAGUCACACAAAGACUGGAUCAAAGACAUCGAAGCCUUUACGCCUGGAAGCAAGGUAAAGUACCCGAUAAUCGCUGACCCGAACAAAGAGAUCAUUCCUCAGCUUAACAUGAUUGAUCCAAUUGAGAAUGGUCCGUCUCGUGCUCUUCAUAUCGUCGGUCCUGAUUGUAAGAUAAAGUUGAGUUUCUUGUAUCCAUCGACCACGGGACGUAACAUGGACGAAGUGUUGAGGGCUUUAGACUCGUUGUUGAUGGCGUCCAAACACAAUAACAAGAUUGCAACUCCGGUUAACUGGAAACCGGACGAACCAGUUGUGAUUUCGCCUUCAGUGUCAGACACAGAGGCUAAGAAGUUGUUUCCUCAGGGUUUCAAGACUGCCGAUCUCCCGUCAAAGAAAGGCUAUAUGCGUCUCACCGAUGUUUCUUGAAAUACCAAAAAAAAAGAGAAAUAAACAAAUACUAAUUAUGUUGUAGUGUAUAAUAAUAACGUUUAUAACGUGUUGACUAAACAUAGAAUAACUACGUCUUGUAAACGUAUCGUGUGUUCUUGUGUUGUACUCACGAGGGUUAUGGCUAAAUUAAUAAAAUUAC